AGAGAUAGGAGCCCGAACUGGUAUCGGCGAUGCGGUGGGAUGUGGGUAGGAUGGGAUCAAACCGAUUAUCGUUCGUGCCUAGUUGGGUUGCGUUGACAGUGGAACAUACCAUCCUCCAUGUCAGACAGUCUGGCUCGACUCCAUCCGUCGAGAUCGGAAUAGGAAAGAGUGCGCGGUAGGUAGAGAGGCAAACUUACGACUAGUGGUCACUUGAGAGAUAUAAAGAGGGCAUGUGCUCUCCUCCUUCGAAGUCGUUCUCGUCAUUGUAAAAUAAGAAACUCAUCAUCAGCACACGACCGACCGACAGUUACUCAACCUUUGGCUUUAAGAACCUUGAUAGAUUCGAAAAGCAUAAGAACGGCCUACUUCCCCUCUUGAGAUAUCUACCUUGCCUGCUCUCUUGCAUCACCCAGAAGAUCGACUGGACAUAUUCUGUCACGAACAUCCCCAUCUUACCUCCCUCCUUGAACGUCUAUCAAGCCUUCACCUGUCAACGCCUACCAAGUUCAACAACCCCCCUCAGUUCCCAUCAAGAUGGCCCCCUCAGCCACCUAUCCCAUCAUCAGCACCACGCACUCAGGCGCCGACCUCGAAGCCAUCUCCGACGCCGUCGACGAGAUCAACGUCCUCAAAUUCAAAGCCGCCCAACAAGUCACCGAGAUUCUCAACGACAACAACAACAACUCGUCUGUCCCAUCUUCUCCCACCUCCGAAUCCUCCUCCACCAGCCAUGAAGAAGAAGAAGAAGAAGAAGAAGAAGACCUCGGCGACUUCGACGCCCCCUCCCACUUCGACUCUACAAAGGACCACUCCCGCUUCCGGCAAUACACCACCGCCGAAUCGCGCGUACUCAACUUCUACACCGAACAACACACCAAGCAAACCGUCUCGCACAACCUCGCUGCUCGCGCCCACUUCAACUCGCCCGACCGUAAGCGGCCCGAGAUGACCAUCUGGCAAGCCAUCGAGUGCUUAAACUCGUUAAUCGACGAGUCCGAUCCCGACACGGAACUCAGCCAGAUCCAGCACCUGCUGCAGUCAGCCGAAGCAAUCAGACGCGACGGCAAGCCGCGGUGGAUGCAGCUCGUAGGACUGAUUCACGACUUGGGCAAACUGAUGCUUUUCUUCGAGCUGGCGUCAGGGCAGUGGGACGUAGUCGGCGACUCGUUCCCUGUCGGAUGUAAGUUCAGCGAAAAGUGUAUUUUGCAUGAGAGCUUCAGUGCGAAUCCGGAUUCGGGACACGCGGUGUAUAGUACCGAGCAUGGGAUUUAUGCGCCGGGGUGUGGGAUUGAGAAUCUGAUGAUGAGUUGGGGCCAUGAUGAGUAUUUGUAUCAGGUUGUGAAGGACCAGAGUACGAUCCCGAGGGAAGGGCUGGCGAUGAUUAGGUUUCAUAGCUUUUAUCCGUGGCAUCGCGAGGAGGCGUACGGGUGGGCGAUGAAGGAGGGGGAUGAGGAGUUGAGGAGGGCGGUCAGGGCGUUUAAUCCGUAUGAUCUCUAUUCGAAGAGUGAUGAGCCGGUGGAUGUGGAGGCUGUUAAGCCUUACUACAUGGAGUUGAUUGAUGAGUUCUUCCCGAACAAGGUCAUCAAGUGGUAGACGACCGAGACCAAGACCACGACCACAGAACCAUCGUCACUUGUAACGAUGUUGAAGAAGCGGCACUUUGGCCCACAAGCUGACCUUUCUGGGCGAUGGAACAACGACACGAGUUAACGGCUUCCGCUCAGACAUGCAUCCUUUCUUUACCUGUCAUUGUCUUUUGUGUUUAUGUCACGGCGUCAUGGCGUCACGGUGUUGUUAGGUAGACACGCACUGACCUGCGUUGUGUUUCAUUUCCUUUCUCCCACUUAGAGGUAGAGUUUUGUUUCUUGCCGUCGGAUUUGUGUAUCAUCGCAUCCGUCAGGCACAGCGAUGUUAUUUCCUUUUUCAGUUCAGUACCUUACCUACCCGUACUUGACUGAUCCGUCCCAGUCGAAUGUUUGUCGCGCCAUAGGAAGGGGCUGAUGAAUAGAACCAAG